AUGGCGGACAAAGAGUUCACCUACUCGGAUGUCUCUGAGCACAGCACGAAGAAGGACCUCUACAUCGUCGUGCACGACAAGGUGUACAAUGCGAGCAGCUUCGUCGACGAGCACCCCGGAGGCGAGGAGGUUCUUCUCGACGUAGGCGGCCAGGACUCCACCGAGGCUUUUGAAGACGUCGGACACAGCGACGAGGCGCGCGAGAUCCUCGAGGGUCUGCUCGUCGGCAAGCUCAAGCGCCAGGAGGGCGACCCAAAGCCCAAGUCGUACGCGCAGGCCAACGCCUCGGUCGCCGACGCCGACGGCGCCUCCACUGGCGUCGGCCUCUACGCCAUCGUGCUCAUCGGCGCGGCCCUCGCGUUCGGCGCCUACAAGUACCUCCAGGCGCAGCAGGGCGAGCAGUAG